UUAGUUUCAAUACUAGAAACCCAAAAUGAAAAUGAACACGGUGGCAGGGUUUACAUUUGGAGUUGUGCUAAUUUUAGUUAGCUUCCCGGCUUGUUAUGCGCAGCUUAAAAAGGGAUUUUAUGCCGACAAAUGUGAAAUCAAUGUCGAGGAAACCGUCCAGCGUAUUGUAUUCGAAAGAAUUCAAAAAGAUUCAACCCUCGUAGCCGCACUCGUUCGUAUGCAGUUCCAUGAUUGUUUCGUUGAGGGGUGUGAUGCUUCGCUACUUCUAAACGGGACUAGCACAGAGAAAACUGCCGGGCCAAAUGGAAGCGUGAGAGGUUACGAACUGAUUGACGAGAUAAAGACAGAAUUGGAGCAAAAAUGCCCUGAUAAAGUCUCAUGUGCUGAUAUCAUUGUCAUGGCGACCAGAGACACUAUCACCUUGAGCAAGGGAAGCAGAUAUGAAGUAGAAACUGGAAGGAGAGAUGGUUCAAAGUCCAGUGCUUCUGACGCAAUUGCGAAUCUCCCAAGUCCUUCCAUUUCAGUGUUCGACGCCAUUGAGGUGUUCAAAGCCAAGGGUCUUAAUGCAGCAGAUAUGGUUCUUCUAUUGGGUGGGCAUACAAUAGGUAAAGCAAGUUGUGGGAAUUUUGAAAGCCGACUCUACAAUUCUCCACCAGAUAAAUCGAUGGACCGGAGUUUAGCUGGAAAACUAAAAAUGAUAUGUCCCAAAGAGACAGAGGGCUCUAACGCCGGCCAAGCUGAUCUAGACCAAAAUUCUGCCAGUACUAAUAUUGUAGAUAAUUCGUUUUACCAGCAAAUAAGAAUGAAUAAAGGAUUGUUGUCUAUCGACCAAAAGAUAGCAUUCGAUUUGUUGACUGCAGAGUUGGUUAAGACAUUAUCGAAUGAUAAUGUCCAGUUCUUGACUCGAUUUGGUGCAGCUAUGGUCAAGUUGGGUGCGGUUGGCGUUAAAGUUGGUAAUGAAGGAGAAAUUCGUAAAGAUUGUAGAUUUGUAAACAAUCUUGCCACUGCGAGCCCAAGCAAAACCACAACACCAAGCACAACGCCAACCACAACCCCUAGCACAACCCCGAGCACAACACCAAGCACAACCCCAUUAACUUCCGGUAUGCUCCCUUAAGGAUAAAAAAAAAAAACUAUAAAAAAACUAGCAUACGUCGUGCAUGCGUGAUUAUAUUAUUUGAUUUGUGUUCAGUAAGUUGUUCUAAAGAAUUUGGGAUCCCAUUAUAAUUGCCGCUGGG